AAUAGUAUUUAAAAGUAUUCAUAUUCAUUGCCUACUGCUGUAAUGUUCAAAACAGUUUUUAGUGAUAAAUUCGUUAAAUUUUGUUGAAUAUUAUUACUUAAGUUAGUUCAAAUUUUAUAAUACUAUGAAUCAAGCAAUGCAAUCAUUUUUAUUAAAAACGAUAUGCUGUAUACUGAUUAUCAACGUAACAUUCUGUAGCAGUUGCUUUAGAUCGGUAUGUAAAGCUCGCUGUUACUUCAGACACAGAGGAUUCGACUUCGGUUAUUGUGAAGAAGGAGUUUGCAAGUGUGCACCACCGGUGAUUUACGUUUUCGAUGGUAUUGGUCGAGAUUUGAGCAAUGAAGAUAUAGAAAAUUCAUUGGGAAAUAACAAUGUUAUCCAAAAUUCGUUGAAAAAUACGCCAAGCCUAGAGGAUAAAAAAGAUAUUAAAAUCGUCGUUGAUAUAACAAGUAGAGAAAACCCAACUAAGGGUAAUGUACCAACGACCUCUGAAAAACCUCAAACACCACAACCCAACAAAAUCCCUCCUCCUGUCCACAAUGAAGAACCUGCAACUGGUGAAAAUUCAUCUUCUUCUGGUUCUGGUUCUGGUUCUGGUUCUGGUUCACUAAAUGGUGGCGAGGAAGAUGAAGAGUAAUAUGCUAAUAAUGGUAAAACUGCUGCAGGUACCUUAAAUAAAGUAAUAUAAUAAUAAAUAUUACAGUCUAAAAUUCAGAUUUUACAAUAUGUGAACCUACAAAGACAGGUAAAAUAACUUUUAAAUUAAAACUUUUAUUGUUGAUUAUAAGAGUGAUUAAUAUAAUUAGGUACAUGUAUCUAACAGUUACAUAAUGAUUUAUUAUAAAUUUAUAACUCAUAUUAUAGAUUUAUAUUAUA